AUGCAGACUGCCCUUUUAAGAAACUCAACUGGGGCUUGCCUCCUAAAGCGACUGAAGCUAGUCAAUCAUAGGUCGAAGCAGUAUCAGGCCUCUCAAUGGUGCUACCUGUCCAACGUGCGAACGGUUCAGCGCCCUCUCAGGUUUCGAUUCUUCCCGACCACCGCCACUAAGACUAUCCUACCUACUGUGUCGCAAUGGAAGGACUCAGGAAAUACAGACAUGACGGAAAGGAGUGAGAGAGUCUCUGAGAUACAGAAGGAGACGUACGAUUCCCCUGCGCAUGUGAGCAAGAGUCUGCAGUCUCUUGAGGGUCGAAUGCCUCAGUUCCUGUUCAACUCUGCAGCGGCAGGCAUGGCGGCGGCACUUGUAUACUGCAACGUGCAUGUCCCAGAGGCAGCGCUUUCCAUGGAGGUGUUUGAUCAGAUCCUGCGCAACAUUCCGCUGGCAGCCACGUGCGCCAUGAUGGGAGAUGCUGUUGCACAAGGAGUCGACCAGAGGCAUCGAGGGGUGGCAGAGGUGAAGGUGGACUGGAACAGGCUACUGUCUGCUGGAGCUGUAGCUGGGCUGCUGCAGGGAGGAGGAACCACCAUCUGGCUGUGCAACCUCAACAUGCUGAUGCCGGGUAGCAUGGUUGGGUUCGACUCGCUGUCAAAGUUCGGGGCGCUGAUGGGGAAAGUCAUUGUGGACUCGUACAUCUGGGGGACCCUUACCAACACCUUCAACAUCAUCUUGCGGCGGCUCUGCGCCCGUGACUCGCUCGGCCAUGCUGUCUCUCAGUGGAAGCGCAACAUUGUCAACGUGACGGUGUCAGAGUUCAAGUUCUGGCCAGGAUGGGGAGCGAUGGUUUACGCAUACGUCCCCGUCACAGAGCAGGUGAACGCGUUCGCGAUCGGAGGCUUCAUCUGGAGCGUCUACCUCAGCUGGGUGGCCAACAGCGUCCCUCAGGACAAGCUUGACGUCAGCAUCAACAGAAGAUACUCCCGUUACGGGUGUCCUGUCGGCCUCAAGUUACAGAAACAUCCUCGCUACACCCCAGCCGCAGUGUCCCUGCUCUCGAGCCAGGGGGGCUCUACUCUGCCUCCUCAGGUAAAGAACACAAUCUUGGCACAGAGGAUGAGCAUGCAGCUGCUACGCAACGACAAGCAUGCUCUGCCCGUGCCGAGCACCGGGCUGCCGCGGAGGAGGGGGACGGGUCCUCUCAAGUUGUGA